AUGUCCAAGGCCGGUGUUCUCCUGUAUAAUGCCCCAGAUGAUUCGGAACAAUCUGAUUCCGAAGACGGUUUUCACAUGGCCAAGAUGACCAUAAACGUGGGUUCAAAUCUCCCAAACGAUAGUACAAAAGCCACAAUCUAUAUGGAUCGGGUUUGUGGAUCAGGAAAUUUCAAGAAUGCAUUUUUUGGAUAUUAUACAAAUGGUGAAAAAUCUGGUGAUCGCUGCGUGUUAAAGUGCUUUAAGACAGGACCUGUGUAUCAUGAUAAUCCAUACGAGCAGCAACUUAAGGUAGACAAAAAGGCACAGUCUAUCAUUGAUGCAUUCAAUGCCGCAAACAGGCCAUCGGAAUGGCACAGUGAUGAAGUCAAUGCUGGAAAUACUAUACCAAUAUACCCAGUCCGCCUUAUCCCGUCGACACUCUGGACUGACAGCAAGACGGGAGCCGUAAGCGUUAUAGAACCAUUUAUUGAGGACUACCGAAAGUUCAACAGCCCCACAGGAUGGGUUCCGGGUGAUGACGAAUUUGCUAAUCCAAUCCAAGCCUUGAGUCACUUUUCCUAUCACAUAUCUAACCGCAAAAUGCUAUUGUGCGACCUUCAGGGAGGCGGAGAUGCCAAUGGAUAUACCCUGGCAGAUCCACUCAUUGCAUCAGCAAAAAGGCUCUAUGGAGCAUCAGAUUUUGGACCCCAAUGUAUCAGAGAUUUCUUAAAACGUCAUGUCUGCGGGUUAUAUUGCAAUCCACGGUGGCUCAAACCUGAGGUGGCUGAAGAGACGGUGAUACAUCCAAUUCAGCGAGGGCUCUUACCACCUUACGACACCUAA